AUGCCAUCAGCUCAGCAGGUUUAUCACGACAAAGGUCGUUUCACUCGGCCGGACAGUAUUUUUCGAAACUUCAUCUCCAAGGACCCGAAUUCGCAAUUUCCGGCUGAGAAGGGUCGUUAUGCAUUAUACCUCUCCCCCGGCUGUCCAUGGGCCCAUAGAACCAUGAUAGUGCGGCUCCUCAAAGGCCUCGAUUCCAUCAUUGAUGUCUACCAAGUUCAUUUUCACAUGGGCCCUGAGGGGUGGUACUUCAGUGGCGAAGGCGGCUCACUAACAGAAGAUCCCCUCCACGGAUUCAAGAAGCUCAAAGAGCUGUACCUCAAAGCCGAUCCCAACUACACAGAGAUUAUUCGCAUGCUCUACUCUGAGUUCGACGAGUUCCUUCCAGAGCAUCUCCGUGAGGAGAACCGCCCUGGCAAGGGUCUCUACCCACCACAGCUCAGAGCUGAGAUCGAUGAGAUGAACGAUUGGGUGUACAACACCGUCAAUAACGGUGUUUACAAAGUCGGCUUCUCAAGAUCGCAGGAAUCGUAUGACGAAAACAUACGUCCACUAUUCGCGUCCCUCGACCGCCUUGAAGAGCAUCUUGGUCAUGGCAAGCCUUUUCUCUUUGGAGACUUCAUCACCGAGGCCGAUAUACGCCUGUACACAACCUUGGCGCGUUUCGACGUUGCCUAUCAUAGCGUUUUCCAAUGCAAUCUAAAGUUAAUUCGACAUGACUAUCCUCGACUUCAUUCCUGGCUUCGGCGGCUGUACUGGGAUCAGGAUGAAGAGGGACCACUGAGAGCCGCGUUUUAUCGCACUACAGAACCAAAUAUCGGGCGCUAUGCGCUGGGAUAUGCGGAUUCUAAAUGGAGAAUCGUCCAGGAGAGUCAAGGGCCUCUGAUUGUACCAGCUGGGCCAUUGGUGCUGAUGGAGCCUUUGUAA